UCUGUGGUUCAAAAACCUACACUGCAGCACUCAAAUAAUACAAUGAGAAACACAAGAUCUAAGUUGCUUGGUGUCACGUGACCACGCACACGGAAGCGCCUGUCAUGAUACACAUUGCACACUGCGCGUUGGAUCACAGGGAUUGGUGAAACCAUGUGGAGGAUACAAUGGUGUCUGCUGCUGCUGGCCACUACAUGUUGGUUAAGAGGCCACGCCAAAGACAGCGAGGAUCCUCCACACCCUGGGCAUGUUUCUGUGGUUAUUGUAGGUGGCACCGGAGACCUGGCCAAAAAAUACCUUUGGCAAGGAUUUUUCCAUCUUUAUGCCACCCAAUUAGGCAAAGGCCACUCCUUCUCCUUCUAUGGAGGAGGCCUCUCAUCAGCUGAGAAGGGCACUCCGCUGCUGUUUGAGAUAUUAAAGGAGCUGAACUGCCCGUCAGAACUUACACCUGAGCGUUGUGCUCUGGUUAAAGAGCAGUUCUUGCGUCUGUCCCAGUACCUGCAGCUUAAGAGCGUGGAGGAUUAUGAGAAGCUCAGUGACCAGAUCCAAGUGCAGCUGAAGCAGGAGGGCAUGAUGGAAGCAGGAAGGCUCUUUUACAUGUCUGUCCCAGCCUUCGCCUAUGCUGAAAUCGCAGAAAAGAUCAAUAGCACCUGUCGGCCUCUGGCUGGAGCAUGGCUCCGGGUUGUUCUGGAGAAGCCAUUCGGACACAGUUUCAACAGCGCCCAACUUCUAGCCGCACAGCUGUACAGUUUUCUGAAAGAGGAGGAGAUGUACAGGAUUGAUCACUAUUUAGGAAAGCAGGUUGUCUCCCAGAUAUUGCCCUUUAGGAAAAAAAAUCACAAGAUUCUAAAGCCGAUUUGGAACAGGCACCACAUUGAGAGAAUAGAGAUUGUGUUGAAGGAAAUGUUGGAUUGCAAAGGCCGGAUUCAGUUUUAUGACCAAUACGGAGUCAUCAGAGACAUGCUCCAGAACCACCUUACGGAAAUUAUGACCCUUUUGAUGAUGAACAUACCUGCUAACCUCUCUAACAGCGAAGAAGUCCUACAGAACAAGCUCAAAGUUUUUAGUAGCCUUGAAUACAUUGAUAGGAACAGUGUGGUUAUAGGUCAGUAUCAGGGCUAUAAUGCACAAGUCCAGAUGGAACUCAACAAAACAAAGGAUUAUUUCAGCCGUACCCCGACUUUUGCUGGUGUGGUCAUCAUUGGAGACGGUCCUCAGUAUGACGGCAUUCCCAUAUUUAUGUCAUCUGGUAAGAUGCUUGACGAACGUGUUGGAUAUGCUCGAGUUAUUUUCAAAAAUGACAAAUUCUGCAUUCAGGAAUACAACAGUGUCCACUGCAAGCCCAAACAGAUUGUAUUCUAUCUCGGCCAUGGGAAUCUCCAGUACUCAGCAAUUCUUGUUAGCAAAAAUUUGUUUAAACCGGAUCUGCUAAACAGUGAUUGGAAAGAGGUUACCAAGCAUAAAGACAUUUCUGUGCUUGGGUUACCACUUUCUGAUUAUCACAUCCAGUCCCCAGAGGUUCCCUCAGAGGCUUAUUAUGAACUCAUAUCUAAUGUGUUCUAUGGACGUAAGGAUAGCUUUGUCAGUGCUGAGAACCUCAUGGCUUCGUGGGCUUUCUGGACACCGCUCUUGAACAGCCUGAUCAAUGUCGUUCCACGGCUGUACCCGGGUGGUGCCGCUAACGGUGACCUCCUGAACUUUCAGCUGCAAGGUCGGCUGCUUGGUUUCAUUAGUGAUGAGGAGGUGAACGUGAUUCAGCAUGGUCCUGAAGAGAACUUCCAGGUUAUGCAAGGCAAGUUCCGCAGUGCCGACAUGGUGUCUGCCUGGUCCGACGAACUAGUGGAGCGCUUAGCCUCUGACCUGCACAAUGUGGCCGAAGAGGUAGUUCAAGCUGAAGGUCAAUUCCACCUGGCCUUGUCAGGUGGUUCCAGUCCCAUUGCCCUGUUUCUUCAGCUUGUACAGCACCACUACACCUUCCCGUGGCACAGCACUCACAUUUGGUUAGCAGACGAGCGGUGUGUGCCUCCCACUGAGGCAGAUUCCAACUUCCGUUCCAUUCACGACCAGCUACUGCAGAAUGUCCACGUUCCUUACUUCAACAUCCACCCCAUGCCAGUGCAGCUCAACCAGCGCUUGUGUGUUGAGGAAGAUGGGGGUGCACUCCUCUAUGAGAAGCAAAUAAGCCAGCUUGUCAAUGGCUCUCGUUUCCAUUAUAUACUGCUUGGUGUAGGUGAGGAUGGUCACACUGCUUCACUGUUCCAAGACACCAAUCUGAACAAUAUUGGGAAAAGACUGGUGGCCCUAACUGAAAGUCCAAUCAAACCUCACCAGCGAAUGAGUCUUACAUUCACUGCAAUCAACAAAGCUCACAGGGUAGGAGUAUUGAUCAUGGGGAAGAGAAAACAUGAGCUUGUUGUUCAACUCAGUAGAAUUAAGGGUGAAACUCCCAAGUAUCCAAUCACAAGUGUACAGCUAAAAGAUGGCCAUCUAAUAUGGUAUAUAGACUAUGAUGCACUUUUAGGAUAACCUCAGGUAUACCACAGUGUAGUAUAACUACAGUGUUAAAUAUAAUAUUCAGUUUACCAUAAUAUCAGGGACCCAAUAGGUGUAUGGGGAUUUGAAUAAUACUCAGUUAAUUAUAAAACACUUUUUUUUUUAUUCUGCCCAUAAAAAUGCAUAUAGAAACAUUGUGUAGAAAUAUCGGUAUAGAAAUGGAACUGCCUUGAGAUAAGUGAGGGGUGAUUAAACCACAUUGAUAAUAAUAGUUGUCACUGCCAGAAAUCCUGUGUUGGACUUUUUAUUAGGGGGGAAAAAAAACAGAUGCCAAUUUGUAUAAGUAAUUUGGAGUAGAUCCAAAUUAACAGAACCAUUAUAAAGAGAAGACGGAAAGGUCAUCUUUUAUUAUUGAAACUUUUUCAGCCUUUGGAUAAUAUUGCAUUACUUGUUUUCUAUUUCUUAUGCCUUCCAGUUGGGUUGCAAGGGAAAACUACGACACUGUGAAUGUUAAUAUUAAAACUAAAUUUGAUAUUUGGAAUAGUUUACUGUGCUAAUUUUAAAAAGAAGGGAAAUUUCAUUUUUACGAGCAUCAUGUUUGAAUCUAAAAACACUUCGCUACUGUGAACAUUUCAGUGGGUUAUAGAGACUGCCUUGUAAUUGCCAUAUGAAGCGAUUAUUUAGACACGCUGGUCCACAAGCCAUGCCUAUCGCCUCUGGUAGGGCUGGUUUUUAAGGUAUACACAUAGAUAAUAUGUUAGGAGUCAUCACGUAAAAUGAAUCUGGAACUGUAAUUAUCUGUGAUUGGUCUGAAUGUGUGUCUGGGAAGCCUUCUCAAAUAAAUUGGCUUCCAAAGCACUGGCUUGUGAAAUUUUGAAGGUUGCUAUUUGUAUAUAUUAAUGUGUGGUCUUUCGAUUGUAGUACCAGCAGAAAGUGGCUUUCCAGUUCACCACACAGUCAGACAUUCCAGAAAUAUGCAAAACUGUAUAUUUGUCACAGUGUGCCACUACAAAAAAAUACCUCAGGAAAAAGAAGUGCCUUAUCUUUUGUAAUAGUUAUUAAUCUUAGAAGCUUGGCACAAACCCAGUGAUGUUCAUUCAGACUCCCCAUUUCAUUAAAACAAUUAUGAAAUCACACAUCUGUGUGGAGAAACAUUUUUGUGGACAACACCGGGAAGGCGGGAUGACACUGGAGUAUCGUUUUCAUUGACACAUGCAUAAAAAUGACUUGAAUAUCUGAUAUAAAGUGUAUGAGAUUUUUUAUAUUGGUUUCCAUUUAAAUGGCAGUUGAAACAAUGUGGCCUGGUUUAAAUCACAAUGUAUAAUUGGACUGAUAAAAAUGCAUUAUACAGUAUAGUGCCAUUCCACUCAGUAAGUUUCACACGCUCUUUCUCUACAUAAAAGAUUUGUUAAAGAGUGAAAUAAAGUUUUAUUUUAUGUGA